AUGAGUCUUAUGAUCAUUAAGCGCGGCAUUCCUGAGGUCUUUAGGGGUACUAUCUCGGAAGAGAUAAAAGGUGCCAAAGAUUUCCUUGCUGAAAUUGAAAAGCGCUUUGCAAAAAGCGAUAAGGCGGAAACAAGUACUCUUCUUCAGAACUUGAUUUCCAUGAAAUAUCAGGGCAAAGGAAAUAUAAGGGAAUACAUUAUGGGCAUGUCAAAUAUUGCUUCAAAACUUAAGGCGCUAAAGCUUGAGUUGUCGGAUGACUUGCUCAUUCAUUUAGUAUUGCUUUCUCUCCCUGCACAAUUCAGUCAGUUUAAGAUAUCUUAUAACUGUCAAAAGGAGAAAUGA